AUGGAAGAUUCAACGGCAGAUUCGAUGGAAGAUUUCAACAGUGUAUUCGAUGGAAGAUUCAACGGCGGAUUUGAUGGAAGAUUCAACAGUGGAUUCGAUGGAAGAUUUCAACAGCGGAUUCGAUGGAAGAUUUCAACAGUGUAUUUGAUGGAAGAUUCAACGGCAGAUUCGAUGGAAGAUUUCAACAGUGUAUUUGAUGGAAGAUUCAACGGCGGAUUUGAUGGAAGAUUCAACAGCAGAUUUGAUGGAAGAUUUCAACAGUGUAUUCAAUGGAAGAUUCAACAGUGGAUUUGA